AUGGACUUCUCAUACUUCACCUCAGCCCCGCAACCAUAUCAGUUCUUUGGCUUGCCUCAUACGCCUUCCACAACUCAAACGGGUCAUCUGGACGAGUUCAGGACCGCUCCUUCGACCGAUCAAUAUGACGCUGCCUUCGCGGCGUUUCAGCAGAGCUUCCACUAUGACCCUGCCACUUUCCUCGCGCAGCCGCAUCAAUCAUCCACCCAAUCUCCCCCGAUCCAAGGUCGCCAUGACUCGAUGGUAUCUAUGCCGGAAGUCGACAUGACCAGUCUUACUACGUCGGCGAUAGACAUGACGCCCGACGAACCAGCCGCCGCAAGAAGUAGCAGCGAAGAGAAGGAUACCUUGACACCUCAGCAGAGUCGAAGGAAGGCACAAAACAGAGCUGCUCAGAGAGCGUUUCGCGAGCGAAAGGAGAAGCACGUGAAGGAUCUCGAGGCCAAGCUGACAAGCCUGCAACACCAGUCUGUGACCCUGAACGGCGAAAACGAGCGGCUCCGGCGCGAGCUCGCAAAAAUUGCAACCGAGAACGAGAUUCUUCGUGCCACAUCUGGUGCGGCAUCGAAUGGUCCGACACCAUUUAUGGAAGAGCCAGAUGAGUUGGUCGGCCCGCUGGGGUUUGUGCCCACCGAUCGACACCCGAAAGACCGCUCGCCGGCUAGCAGCAGUGGUUCCUCCUUCGACAUCGGUUCCAAAUAUGCCCACUUUGGCACGCUAAGGACCAUCACAUUGGACAACGAUACUGGCGAGCCGCUGCUUGGGGCUGGCGCUACUUGGGACUACAUCCAAGCUCAUGAGCUCUUCCGCAAGGGCCUGGUGGACGUCGGCGACGUUUGUGAGCGUUUAAAAAAAAUGGCAAGGUGUGACGGCCAAGGGCCAAUCUUCCUCGAGAGUGAUGUCCGGCGAGCGAUUGCCGAGAGCGCCGUUGCCGGAGGGCGGGACGAGCUGAUAUGA